UCCAUGACCUAACUCAGAUCCACUCGGACAUGAAUCUCCCAGUCCCUGAUCCCAUUCUUCUCACAAAUAGCCAUGAUGGACUGGAUGGUCCCACUUAUAAGAAGCGAAGGUUGGAUGAGUGUGAAGAGGCGUUCCAAGGAACAAAGGUGUUUGUGAUGCCCAAUGGGAUGCUAAAAAGCAACCAGCAGCUGGUGGACAUAAUUGAGAAAGUGAAACCUGAGAUCCGGCUGCUGAUUGAGAAAUGUAACACGGUCAAAAUGUGGGUACAGCUCCUGAUUCCCAGGAUAGAAGAUGGGAACAACUUUGGUGUGUCCAUUCAGGAGGAGACAGUUGCAGAAUUAAGAACUGUUGAGAGUGAAGCUGCAUCUUAUCUGGACCAGAUUUCUAGAUAUUAUAUUACAAGAGCCAAAUUGGUUUCUAAAAUAGCUAAAUAUCCCCAUGUGGAGGACUAUCGCCGCACCGUGACAGAGAUUGAUGAGAAAGAAUACAUCAGUCUUCGGCUUAUCAUAUCAGAGCUGAGGAAUCAAUAUGUCACUCUACAUGACAUGAUCCUGAAAAAUAUCGAGAAGAUCAAACGGCCCCGGAGUAGCAAUGCAGAGACACUGUACUGAGGCCAGGGCCAGGGCCAGGGGACUCUGUGAGUCUGGCUCAAGACCGACAUUGCCUUGGUUUGUUACAUGACUAUCGUGAUGGGGAAACUGGCUGGAAAUAGUAAUCACACCUCUCUGUUUUUAGUUAGAGUCUAAUGAAACUCUCAUCUAGUUC